AUGUAUGUCAUUACUACAAAUAAUACGAUGCAAUAUCAACAUUCUAAAUCAGUUCGGAAAAUGUUUCUAAACACUGGUACACUGAAUCAUUUGGAAUAUUACAUCUGGUUAAGAAAUUUAAUUCCAUUUAGUAAUCUUAAAAUAGAAUUUGAUCAAUGCAUCUAUGUAUCAUCAACAUCACUCUAUAAACCAUGUGAUUUUAGUAGUACCCAUUUUUGA